GGUGUUCGUUGUUUAAAUUGGAUAUAUAUACUUUUUAUCGAAUCCCAACAAAUUAAUUGUGCAUGGGAAGAAAAGACAAUCGAGAAAGGAUGAAGUCUGGCCCAAAAAGCAAAGGUGCUAACCCACUAAGUGGCCUGCUUGGGCAGUACAUGGAUUCUGAUGAAGAAGAUAACAGUGAUGGCAGUGAUUCAGAAGGUGCUUCAUCUGGAAAAGCCUCCAAUGGACAGGUCAAAGUUAUAGACAGCGAGGUUGCUAAUUUUUUUGCGGAAAUUGAUGCAAUAUCUCAACCGCCACCUCCACCACCUCCUGAUGAAGAAGAGGAAGUUCCAAAACACCCCCAGGGGCCGAAACUAAUGACAUUUCACAAGGGUGGUGAACUUGAUGAAAGUGUUCAGCAACAGCCACAUGUAGAAGUGAAAAAAGAGGAAAAUGUUCCGUUUGUGUCAGAGGAACCCACAACACUAUGGCAACAUUGCUAUGAUGACAACACACAGCAUUAUUACUACUGGCAUACUGUUACUAAUGAAGUGCAAUGGGAGAUGCCAGCUGAAUAUGAACAAUAUCUGAUACUACUGAAACAGCACCAAGAAGCCUUGAUUUUUAGACAAGCCAUGGGACUGGACAGUGCAUUGGAGAUAAAGCAAGAGAUUGUACCGGGCAUGGGAGGGGAUAACAAUCAGACUGAGAAAGGAGGCAGUAAUCAAAGUGUGGGCAGUAAGCAUGGCAUGGUAGCCAAUGAGCAGCAUUUUCCAGGACAUAACAGUGCACAGGCAACAGACAUGAAGAGAAGUGGAAAACCAGCACAUGGGAAUGGCUUGGAUGGAGUUGAAAUGGGGGAGAAUGAAGAAGAUGAAGAAGAAAAAAUAGAAUCUCUGGGUGAAUACCCACCUCCAGGCGAAAGCCCACAAUCUUCUGAUGACCAAUAUCUGAAGUUCAAAGAGGAAAUAGGUGAACUUGCAGGAGCAGUAGGGCCAGAAAUGCCGUCAGAGGUAGAUAUUGUUGAAGGCCCUCAGUUACCAGACACUGGAGAGGUUAAGUUCCAGGGACCACAAUCACCUGAUCAAACUGAAACUGUAUAUGAAGGACCUCAGUUACCAGAUCAAAUGGGGGUUGUGUAUGAAGGGCCACAGUUGCCUGAUCAAAUAGGGGUCGUAUUUGAAGGGCCUCAGUUACCAAGUUAUUAUAAAAAAGAUGUGUCAAGUAGUGGUAGUAAUGGGGAUGAAAAUGAAGUCUCAAGUGCAUUAACUGAUGGGUUAAGAGAUGAUGGAAUUCAGGAUCAAAGUGCAAAAGAGGGACAACGUGAUGAUAGUAGCAGUCAAGUUGAAGACCCUAUGGAAACAGACCCAGAAGAUUCUCAUAAGUCUGUAGAAGCACCAGUUUUUACACAUUUUGAGUUUUAUAAUAAGAAGUAUGAAGACAGCAGUGCUGUGGACUCUACUGAAGAGCAUGAUUUGCCAUUGUUUCUUCAUGGAUUUCAGUCAACUGGUGUCACUGAACCCAGCUCUUCUCAAAAGUCGGUAGAUAUUGAAAAUAGCGAUGAGGAUAGCAUUGAAGAAGAACUUGAAAAAGCUUUGGAGAAGAAAAAGGCUGAACUAAAAUUGUUAGAUGAGGGUGACCUCUCCAAUAGUUCUACACAGAGCAGAAAGAGAGAAGCUGAUGAUGAAGUGGAAGAUAGAACAGAUUUCAAGAAAGUUAAAAAGCUCAAACCUUCAAAAGAAGAAGUUAGAGCAAAGGCUGAGAUAGUGGAACUGACCAACCUGAUCACCAGCAAACUGGACUUCUUGGACAUCUCUACCAAAGGACUGUCAAAACUGCAGAUAUUGCUUGUACAGAUUGAGACAAGGUUCCAAGAUUGGCGCGAUGGUGCCUUGGACACUCUGCACUUGCUAGAGAAACUCAAAGAGGCCGACGUGCAACUCAAGCAGUUUGAGGAGAGUGCAGCGCCACAAGGCUGGACUUGUCACUGGGACAGAACAUACAGGCGCUACUUCUACAUGAAUGGCACUACCGGGGAAUCUCAGUGGGAAUACCCAGAUGUCAGUAAAGAUCAGAAGCCAGUAGAGACACCUAGUGAGCUACCUUCAUCCACAGAAGUAGACGAUAAUGAUACAGAAGAAGAGGAGAGUUUGCAUCCUGAGAAAUCUCAAGUUUUUGAAGUUUCAUCUUCUUCUACAAGGUUCCAAGAUUGGCGCGAUGGUGCCUUGGACACUCUGCACUUGCUAGAGAAACUCAAAGAGGCCGACGUGCAACUCAAGCAGUUUGAGGAGAGUGCAGCGCCACAAGGCUGGACUUGUCACUGGGACAGAACAUACAGGCGCUACUUCUACAUGAAUGGCACUACCGGGGAAUCUCAGUGGGAAUACCCAGAUGUCAGUAAAGAUCAGAAGCCAGUAGAGACACCUAGUGAGCUACCUUCAUCCACAGAAGUAGACGAUAAUGAUACAGAAGAAGAGGAGAGUUUGCAUCCUGAGAAAUCUCAAGUUUUUGAAGUUUCAUCUUCUUCUGCUGAACAAAUUGAUUCUGCACCUUAUCCAGCUGGUGUUGGGAGUGCCUUGGCAAGGCUUCGGGCAACAUAUGAUGUUUCCCAAGUUGAUGGGGAUGAAGAUAAGAUGGAUUCAUCCACCAAUCCAGAAGCACUACCACCCCUUUCCUCUGGCACAGAAGAUCCUAGCCCCCCAUCUUUUUACACUUCUGCACCACCUCCACCACCCCCUGAUCAAUCAGAUGCCCAACCACCCCCUCCUCCUCCCAGCUCCAGUCCCCCACCCCCACCUCCUCUGAGUUCAAGCCCUCCACCCCCACCCCCUCCACCUGCCAGCUCAAGUCCACCCCCUCCUCCCCCUUCAGGCAGCAAUAAUCCCCCUCCUCCUCCUCCCCCAGAAGGUUCAUAUACCCCUCCACCUCCCCCUCUCUCAAACUCAAGUUAUCCACAGUUGUACAGUUCAGGUGCUCCACCCCCUCCACCUAGUGUACUUCUACCGCCACCCCCUCCCCCUCCACCUGAAUCUUCAGGUACAGUAGAUAUGGAUGUUGAUACAGAUAGCCAGGACGUAGACCAGCUUUAUGAGCCAGACCAUCCAACUUCUUCAGAUUAUGACAAUUUUUAUCAAACAAUGACUACACAAGAUAAUAAAGCUGGUGUCAUGGCAGAUUCGGGUCUUGUGACUGGCUCCACUGGGACAGACAGCAAUGGAAGUGUCAUCAUAGCAAGGCCUCCCCAGCCUACAAACCCUCCUGGAGUUAUAGCUAAUCAAUCACAGAUAUUUCAAGCUACCACUAUGUCUGGAGAAGCAUGGAAUACACAGUAUACUAGUGGACAGUUUAAUGCUUUGUCUCAACCCUCUGUGGGGAAAUCAGUGCAGGCAUCUGCUCCACAGACAGUUCUAACAUCGGCAGAAACUCCACAAGAAAUUCAGCAUAGCAAUACAGCAACAAGUAGUUCUGCAACACAUAAGCAUGGGAAAGGGGAAAAGAAGAAAAAGAAAAAGGACAAAGGUCUGCUCCCAACAGGGUUGUCUAUGAAGAAGAAAAAUGUGUCCUCAAUGGUACAAAAAUGGCAAAAUGUACAAAAAGAGGUUGAAAUUCAAGCAGCUAAAGAAGCCCAGGAAGAAGAAAGGAAGAAAAGAGAUGCUUUACUGUACAGUGAGAGAAGGUCAGAGGAGAUAAGGCUAGAGGAUGUGAAACAGAAAUACUAAAAGUAAAGAACACAUCAGAGAAGUCCAAUCCCAAAGUCAAUCACCUGAAGAAAAUUCUGCAUCUGAAGCUUAAGUAUGUCUGCCAAUGACGGUAAAAAAAAAAAAAAAAUUCAAAAUUGCUUUCAAGAAGGACAGCAAUACAGCAUAAUAUGCAUACUGAUUCUAAGAUUAGUUAAUAGCAGCUAAGUUGAUAGCAGGGAAUUUAAUUUAUAGGACAUGGCCUUAAUUUUGAUAUCACCAAAUUACUACUCUGCAGCCAGAUCACCAGUGGCAGGGUAGCAGGAAGUCACCAUCCACAUGACAAGAUUGACGGUGACAGAACAUUGCUUUGGAACAUUUUGAAUAUUAUUUGAUGGUCCUGAUAAAGAACAGCAGUUGCAUUGAGUGACUGAUGUAAGUGGUACCUGUAAUGUCCACAUCAAUAAAACUAUUAUUAUUAUAAA